CAGAAACAGAAACGAAGCAGGAGCCCUGGGCUGGGACGGAGCUGUUGGAGCCAGGACACUCCUGCACAUGCCCAGCCUGGAAGUGGCAGGGACCGAGCCCGGUAACUGACCUGCAGUCUGAGCUCCCCCCGCACCCCGACAGAUUAUGUAUGAUAUCCAAUGAUGGCGAGAGAGAGGAAUCUAAGAGACAGCCUUCUAGACACACUGGAAAGCCUCUUGGCAGAUGAGUUUGACAGGUUUAAACACAGAUUAUCAUAUAUUGAUUAUGAUGGAAGAGAGAAUAUCCCCAGAUGUCAGCUGGAGGAGGCCAACACUCGGUUUAAACUUGUGGAUCUGCUGUGUACCUUCUAUUGUGAAGAUGGUGCAGUGAACGUAGCUAUUUGUGUUCUCACCCAGAUCAACAGGAGAGAUGCUGCUGCGAAGCUCACAGAGAAAGCUUUGGGUCCCAGUCAGACACCAGGAACAUCUGCAGAAGAUUACAGGGUGAAGUAUAGAAAACAUAUACAAAAAAAGUACCAACUAAUAAAAGACAGGAACGCUCGUCUUGGUGAGAAUGUGACUCUAAACAGCAGAUACACAAAGCUUAUUAUUGUUAACAAAUAUCGUCAUGAAAAGGAGAGAGAACAUGAAAUAAUGGCAGUGGGAUGGAGACAUGCAGAAAUCAUGAGUGAACAAGCUCAUUCUUCAAUUACCAUAGAUACUUUAUUUAAACCUGACGAAGAUGGACAAAUGCCACAAAUUGUUGUGCUGCUGGGAGCUGCAGGGAUUGGGAAAACAAUGACAGCAAGGAAGAUCAUGUUGGACUGGGCAGCUGGAAGACUCUAUCAUGAGUUUGACUAUGUUUUCUACAUAAAUUGUAGGGAAAUGAACCUUCUUACUAAGCAGGGAAACAUGGCUGACAUGAUUUUAAAACACUGUCCCAAUAAUAGUGCCCCAAUUAAACAUAUUCUGGAAAAUACAGAAAAACUUCUGUUCAUAAUUGAUGGUUUUGAUGAACUGAGAUUUUCCUUUGAUCAGCCAGAAGAUAACUUGUGCUCUGAUCCUUGGGAGAAGAAGCCAGUGGAAAUCAUACUGAGCAGUUUAUUUAGAAAAACAGUUCUCUCUGAAUGCUACUUAAUAAUCACUACAAGACCAACUGCUCUGGAGAAACUCAGGCAGUUUUUGGAAUAUCCACGUUAUGCAGAGAUCCUGGGAUUUUCCAAGGAAGACAGGGAGGAAUAUUUCAACAAAUUCUUCAGAGAUGAAAAACAAGCAACAACAGCCUUUAACUUUGUAUGUGAAAAUGAAAUUCUCCUCACCAUGUGCUUUGUCCCCAUUGUAUGUUGGAUCAUCUGCACGGUUCUGAAACAACAGAUGGAAAGGGGUAAAGAUCUUGCACAAACUUCAAAAACACUCACUGAAGUGUAUCUGCUCUAUCUUUUCAGUUUAGUCCAGUCUCCCAGCAGCAGUUCAAAGCCACACAUGCAAGCUAGCCUGAGGAGACUUUGCUCCUUGGCUGUUGAUGGACUCUGGAAGCAGAAGAUACUAUUUGAGGAAGAAGAAAUCAAGAAGCAUGGCUUAGAUCAGGUAGAUUCUCUCCCCCUCUUUUUGAACGAGAACAUUUUUCAAAAAGACAUUGACUGUGAAUGUGCCUACAGUUUUAUUCACUUAACCUUUCAGGAGUUUUUUGCAGCUUUAUUCUAUGUACUAGAGGAGGAUGAAGAAACAAUGAAAGAUUCAGUGAUUCCUAAUCGAGAUGUAAAAGAGCUGUUAAUACACCAUGGGCAGUCUGCAAGUUGUUUAAUUACAGUGCACUUCUUGUUUGGUCUCUUAAAUAAAAACAGAAUGAAGGACAUAGAGGAAAAACUUGGAUGUAAAAUAUCCCAUGAAAUUAAGCCAGAUUUAAAGACAUGGGUUAUUUCAUCCUUGCCAUCAAAUAUUAACCAAUGUUACUAUCUAGAGGAAUUUUACUAUUUGUAUGAGAUCCAAGAAGAAAACUUUGUGAAAAAUGCAUUGGAACAUUUAACUAACUUAGAGACAUGGGAAAAAAUAUUUACCCAAAUGGAUCAAAUGGUUCUUUCAUUUUGUGUAAAACAUUGUCAUCAACUGGAGUCACUUCUUAUACAUUACUGUGUAUUUAGAUUUGAAGACCAUGAGGAAGAAAAAUUCCCUAGCUUACCAAAGUGGUUAUGUCAGGGACAACCAAAGCGAUCGAGUAUUUACCUGCUUUGCCAAGCACUGGAGGAUCCAAACUGUAAAUUAAAGAAACUACAGUUGAACGGAUGCUUCCUCAGCAUCACUAGCUGUUGGCGUCUUGCUGCUGUUCUCAGAACCAACCAGAGCCUGACAGAGCUGGACCUGGGUUAUAAUCAGUAUAUAGGAGAUUCCGGAGUGCAACUGCUGUGUGAGGGACUGAAACAUCCAAACUGCAAAUUACAGACACUGGGGUUGUGGAAUUGUGAUCUCAAGGGUGCCAGCUGUGGGUAUCUUGCCGCUGUUCUCAGAACCAGCCAGAGCCUGACGAAGCUGGAGCUGCGUGAUAAUGUUUCUCUGGGAGAUUCAGGAGUGCAGCUGCUGUGUGAGGGACUGAAACAUCCAAAUUGCAAACUGCAGAGACUGGGGUUAGGGCAUUGCAGUCUCACAGCUGCUUGUUGUGGGGACCUCUCCUCUGCUUCCAGCACCAGCCAGCGCCUGACAGAGCUGGAACUGGAGAAUAAAAAACUGGGAGAUUCCCGAGUGCAGCUGCUGUGGGAGGGACCUCCAGACUGCAACAAGCAGAUGAUACAGUUGCUGAGUUGCAGUCUCACAACUGCCUGUUGUGGGAAUCUCUCCUCUGUUCUCAGCACCAGCCAGACCCUGACAGAGUUAGACCUGAUGAACAACACCAUCAGAGAUUCAGGCAUACAGCUGCUGUGUGAGGGACUGAAACAUCCCAACUGCAAACUACAGAAACUAGGGUUGCGCUCCUGCAGUCUCACAGCUGCUUGUUGUGGGGACCUCUCCUGUGUUCUCAGCACCAGCCAGGUCCUGACAGAGCUGGACAUAGGGGGGAACAAACUGGGACAGUCAGGAGUUCAGCUGCUGUGUGAGGGGCUGAAACAUCCCAACUGCAAACUGCAGAAACUAAUAUUGGAGAAAUGUGGUUUCACAGCUGCGUGUUGCAGGGAGCUCUCCUCCGCUCUCAGCACCAGCCAGACCCUGACGGAGCUGGACCUGCGGGAGAACAAACUGGAAGAUUCCGGAGUGAAGCUGCUGUGUGAGGGGCUCACACAGCCAGCCUGCAACCUGCAGAAACUGGUCUUGUCCAAGUGGCAUGUAACCAAAGAAACACGGGCAGAGCUGGAUGCUGUGAAGAUGAUAAAACCUGAUCUGGUCAUAGAGACAUAUGGGGAGUGGAGAACAAAGGCUCAGAACAGGGAGAAGGCGACGUUUAUGGCUGAUCACCUGGCAUUUUCAAAUACCCUAACAGGAGUCCCACGUACCCAGACAGAUGCUGCUACACUAGUUAUGCCUGACGCACAACUAAUUUAUCAGCACACGAUGAGUGAAGACAAGACCCUGACUGACAUCCUCGUGCAGGAAUUGGAAGAUCUCGAAAAGAAAGAUUUAAAAAAAUUUAAACACAAAUUAUCUGAUUUUCGCUAUGAGGGGACGAAACGUAAAAUCCCCCGGGGCAAGCUGGAGAAUGCCGACGAAAUGGACGUGGCCAGUCUCCUGAUAGAGUUCUAUGGCGAAGACAGUGCAGCGAACGUAGCGAUCGAAAUCUUCACCAAGAUCGGUCUGAAAAACUCUGCCGUGAAACUCCAAGAGGAAAAAGAGACAGUUUUGGUUCAGCCUCAAUCUACUCGAUCGCUAUCUGUUGCAACUCUGAGUUUUAAAAUGACACAAGUAGAUUACAGACCAAAGUAUAAGGAACAUAUACGAGAAAAAUACCAACUAAUAGAAGAGAGGAACAAUCAAAUUGGAGAGUGUGUGGAACUAAACACAAGAUACACAAAGCUGCUGAUUGUAAAGGAACAUCGUGACCAGAAGGAGAGAAAGCACGAAAUAAGAGCCAAAGGGAAAGAACACGCAGAAAUCAUGGCAAAGCGAGCUAGUUCUACUAAACUGGAGACUUUAUUCGAUGCUAGUGGAAACAGGCAAACACCACUGAGAACCAUUGUGCUGCAGGGAGCUGCUGGGAUUGGAAAAACAAUGUUAGCCAAGAAGCUCAUGGUAGACUGGGCAUUUGGAAAACUCUAUCCCAGCAAGUUUGAUUACAUCUUCUACAUCAAUAGCAGGGAAAUGAACUGUAUUUCUGAGCGUCGAAGCAUCGCAGAUCUGAUUUUAAACAAUUGUCCUGACAGAAACGUACCCAUCAAAGAUAUUUUGGUGAAUCCAGAGAAGCUUUUGUUCAUAAUUGAUGGUUUUGAUGUACUUAAAUUUUCCUUUGAUCAGCAAGAAAGUAGUCUGUGCACUGAUCCCUGUCAGACAAAGCCAGUGGAAAUCAUACUGAGCAGUUUAUUAAGGAAAACAAUUCUUCCAAAAUCCUACUUAAUAAUCACUACGAGACCAACCGCUCUGGAUAAACUCCGGCAGUGUCUGAAGUUUCCCCAUAUUGCAACAAUCCUGGGAUUCUCUGAAGAGGACAGGAAGGAGUAUUUCCGCAAAUUCUUUGCAAAUGCCAUCCAAGCAAAACAAGCUCUUGAUUUUGUAAAAGAGAAUGAAAUGCUCUUCACCAUGUGUUUUGCUCCCAUCGUGUGCUGGAUCCUGUGCACGGUGAUGAAACAACAGAUGGAGAGCGGAGAAGAUCUAGCCAAAAGCUCGAAAACAACCACCUCAGUAUACAUGCUCUUUCUGUCCAGUUUAUUAGAUAACCAUUCCAAUUCAAAGGAAUCCGUGCACACUGACUUGAAGAAGCUAUGCUCCCUAGCUGCAGAUGGGAUCUUGAACAAUAAAAUACUCUUUGAAGAAGAAGAUGCAAGGAAGCAUGGUUUGGAUGGAUCUGACAUUCAGUCCCUCUUUCUCACUAAGAAUAUUUUCCAAAAAGAUAUCGGCUUUGAAAGCGUCUACAGCUUCAUUCACUUAAGUUUCCAAGAGUUCUUUGCAGCUUUGUUCUAUCUCUUGGUGGAAGAUAAAGAAAAAGGGUGUGAUUCAGUGACUCUGAAGAAAGAUGUGAAUGAAAUUUUGAAAAAUUAUGGAAAAUCUAGAGAUAAUUCUUUUACCUUGACGGUACGUUUCCUGUUUGGUCUCUUAAACAAAGAAAGAAUGAAUCACACAGAAAAAAUCUUUGGCUGUAAAGUUUCACCUGAAAUUAAACAGAAUUUAUUGAAGUGGUUUGGAUCUGUAGCAAAAAGAAGCUGCGGUCUGACCUUCAGAUCCCCCGAGGAAAAGCGAUUCCAGCUUGAGUUGCUUCACUGUUUGUACGAGAUUCAGGAAGAAGAGUUUGUCAAAAGUGCAAUGGAUCAUUUCCAAGAAAUUGGUCUGAGCAAUAUUCAAUUUACAAAAAUCGACCACAUGGUUCUUUCAUUCUGCAUAAAGAAUUGUCGUAAUGAGCAGUCACUCUCUCUGAACGAUUGUACAUUUGGACUGGAAGAGCAGGAAGAAAGACAAGAGUCAGUGCUACGGAAGUUAGUUCCUUGGGAGUUAGAGGAGAAGGAGCCAAAAUAUUCCCCGCCUCAUCUUUUGUGUCAAGCACUGAAGGAUCCAGGCUGUAAACUAAAGAAAAUAUCCUUAGGGUGCUGCCGUCUCACCUCGGCUUGUUGUGAGGAUCUCGCCUCUGCUCUCAAGACAAACCAGUCCCUGAAAGAGCUGGACCUGAGCGGUAACAAACUGGGGGAAACAGGGAUUAAAUUGCUCUGUAAGGGACUGAAACAUCAAAACUGCGGUGUUCAGAAACUGGGGCUGAGGGGUCGCAGUCUCACCACUACUUCCUUGGGCGAUCUCGCCUCUGUGCUCACUAAAAACCAGAGCCUGACAGAGCUGGACCUGAGCUAUAGUAAAUGGGGAGAUUUAGGAGUGAAGCUGCUGUACAAAGCACUGAAGCAUCCAAACUGUAAACUACAGAAAAUAAAGCUGGAGUGUUGCCUUCUCACAGCUGCUUGUUGUGAUGACCUUGCCUCUGUUCUCGGUACCAACCAGACCCUGAUGGAGCUGGACCUGAGAAAUAAUGAGCUGAGGGAUUCUGGAGUGAAACAUCUGUGUGCCGGACUGAAACGAGAGAACUGUAAAAUACAGAAACUCGUGCUGUCAAACUGUUAUUUCACAGGAGUUUGUUGUGGGGCUCUCUCUGCCGUUCUCAGUAAAAGCCAGUCCCUGAGAGAGCUGGACAUGUGCUAUAAUAAACUGGGAGAUGCAGGAAUGAAGCUGCUUUGUGAUGGGCUGAGACAGCCAGACUGCAAACUACAGAAACUAAGGCUGACCGGGUGUGGUCUGACACCUGCUUGUUGCGAUGAUCUCUCUGUUGUCAUAACUACAAACCAGUCACUGACAGAGCUGAAUAUCAAUCACGAUGCGCUGGGAGAUUCGGGAAUGAAACGGCUGCGUGAUGGACUGAACAGCGCAAGCUGUAAGCUGCAGACGCUGCUCUUGAAUGGAGAAGCUAUUAAGAGAGAUGGAGAUGGCAAGGGUGAUGAAGAGGGCUAUAAUGGUGAUGAAGACUACAAUGGUGAUGAAGAGUAUAGUGGCGAUGAAGACUACAAUCCUGAAGAUCAUCUCUGACCACAUCAUCAGAAUAUCGUUUUAGGGGAUUUUCACCCUUUCCCACUUGCUUUAAAAUCACUCAUCAUCUCAUUCUAGAAAUGGCAAAUGAUAAAACUAACCACGUACACCUUUUCUUUUAGGGGAAAACAUUAUACAUGAAUAAACUGAUUAAAAUCCCACAAAGUAGGUUCCAGGCCUAGCAUAACAUCACUGGAGAUCAGCUUUGCCAAAGAAAGGCCUUUUUCUGUUUAAAAAAAUGCCUAUUUUUCAACAACAACAAAUUAUUUCAAGAAAUUUCAGCCAGCUUUAUUCACAGGAUAUUGGCUGCCGUUCAGACUUUCACAAAUCCUGGUCAGUCCCACAAAUCCUUUGAGAACCAGGAUCAGAGAGGAAUGUGAUUUGCAGCAGUGGAAUGAAAUCAGUGUGCCUAAAUACCAGGGUGACGGGCACUUUAGAAAUAGAUACGUGGUCGGUUAAAAAAUGCUAUUUGAUCUGUGAAACAUUUAAGACUGAACAUAAAAUAACAAAAUUAAUGUUCAUUGACUGACAAAAACAGCUGUGUUCUAAUUCCAUAAAGCACAAUAGGAUACGCUGAAAAGCUAUAAAGGAUAGAGUUCAGUACAACUGCGGUACUGAUCUUACAACAGAGCUAUCUGGUGGAGAAAGUGAAAAACAGCAGUGUCAAAUCAUAUGGAGGAAUUAGAGUUUCUUGUAUGAUGACAAGUAACCUUGGCAUCAUUUUAGAUAGUUCAAUGAAGUCCUCUGCUCAAUGUGCAGCUGCAGUCAGACACUGCACACAAAAUAUUAGGAUGCAUAAGAAAUGGUAUAGAGAGUAAUGCAGAUAAUAUCUUAAUGUCAUUAUAUAAAUCAACAGUGUGGCCUGCUCUGGAAUUCUGUGCGUAGAGUCCUCAGAAAGAAUUUUGCAGAACUAGAGGGGGGUUCAGAGAAAGGUGAUAAGACAGACCAAGGGCCAGGAAAAAC